GCAGGUGCGCCUGUUUUCGGUUUAUCAAAUACUCCAAGCGUCACUGACAAGGAUCUGUCUAGAUUAGACGAAUUAAAUGCUGAAUUGAAAAGGCUGGUCAACUAUUCCAAGCCAGUUGACGUGAACGCGCAUUGUAGGAAUUUUAUAAUUGAGAAUGUAAGACCGAAUGAAGAGACUUAUAACCUAUUGCUAAGCAUGAAUGAGCAAUACGGAUGGAUUAUAGAGUCAUUAGAGCUGUUCGAGGAUAUGCGCCGCGGUGGACUAAAACCCAAUUUAGAGACAUAUCACAUUCUUCUACGGACCGCUGCCAAGUCCCGCCCGAAACACCCCAAAUUACGCGAAAAAGUAUUGGAAGAUCUAAAAAAUGACGGUUUUGAACCCACAGCAAUUACCUAUGAGUGUUACGUCUCGGCAUUAGUAGCUCAUGGAGAACUUGAACACGCUGCUGACGUGUUAGAGAUGAUGGAAAAUAAAGAAAUUACGCCAACAAUGCUUACAUACGCAACUAUACUUCAAUCUGCCACAUCUUUUAACGAAGCGACGUUUGCUGGUGACCUUCUAGAAAAAAUGGAAAAAGUGCAUCAUCCAUUGUCUUCUGCUCUCUAUAUCGACGUAUUGCGGUUAAGCACUUUAGAAAAAAAGCCUUUAUUAGUUGAGCAUUGCUGGAAGAAGGCGAUCGAGUCUGAGGGAGACGUCGAUGAUGGCCUAUGCACUUACAUUCUUCAACUUGCUGGUCGCACGGGAAACACAAAUCUGGCUACAUCAGUUGUGAAGUAUCUCAUCGGUAAAAGAACUCCUCUUGAGGAACAUCACUAUGCAUCUCUCAUAGCUGCCUUUGGUCGUAAUAGCAGAAUACGUGAGGCUGUUCUUACGCUCGACAUUAUGCGGAAUCGUGGAAUAAACCCUACCGAAUACACUGCCGAAGGCAUAGCGGAUUUUAUUCAAUAUUCGCAUUUGCGUAUCGAAGAAUCACUUCAAGUGUUAAAGGACUUGCACAACCAGAAACAUUCAGUCGAUAUCGAAGCAAUAAACGCGCUUAUUCGUGCAUGCAAAGUCAUUACAAAAAAGGAUGCCCCAAGAAAAGGGAAAUUCAUGGCCGGUACUAUAGCCGAUGUUGGUCUCGCAGACAGAAUUUAUCGCAUGACGGGUGAAUUGGGUCUCACACCAGAUACAAACACUCUUAAUGCACUACUCAAUGUAUUGACACGUACAGGACAUCUUCCCGUGGCGGAGGAAUAUUUAAAUGAUUUCAAGGCAAAAGGUGUUGAAUUCAAUGUUGUUACUUAUAGCAGAAUGAUAGAGAUAUUGUGUAUGCAAAUAAACUAUGAAGGAGCUUUUGUUUAUCUUGAAGAAAUGAAGGAAAAAAAUAUAGUACCACCAGUAAAUGUAUACCGUAAUAUUAUUCGCAAGUGUGCAUAUAAUAAUGAUCCACGCGCAAGCAUUGCUAUCGAAGAAAUGGAAAGUCUAGGAUACAAACCAACAUCUGAUCUGUUAAGCUUUGCCCAAACGGAGACGAAACACGAAGCGGAGGGCUUUUCUCGACGUAGGAAGUCAGAUCAAGGACAGGAACGUAUUCUCUGGGGCGUUGAUGGCGACGAGUCUCGCAAAGAGGACAUUCACGUUGCAGACGAUGAAAUUACUGGAGCAGAGGCGCAUACGGCAAAUCAGAUAGAUGAUGAGCCAUUAAGAGAAAAGAAAAGGCAAAGGAGUCGAGACGAUCAUGAGAAAUUGUUGGCUCUAUUCGAAGGAUGGAAUUCGUAA